AUGUUCGUGGUCAACCCCAUCGGGUCCCUAGGACUCAGAACUGGAAAGCCAGCCCUCGACAGCUGGAAGCUGAAGGUGCCUACCGACAUCAUCGAGUCGGAGGUCCACAAACUCAAAGAUUUGAUUCACGAUGUGAUGAAGACAACUGUUCGGCAAGACAUUCGAGAUAUCUUGCGCGAUGAAUUGAAGGACAUCGUUCGCAGCAGCCUGGAAGACAUGAUGCAGGAGAUGCAGGCCAUUGUCCAGGACACGCAGGCACAUGUCCAGAUGAUCGAGGCGAGCGCUCAGGGCAUGCAGACCGACACUCAGAUGGUCAAGGAACACGCCGAGAGCCUGCAGACCGACGCUCAGGAGCUCAAGGAACAUGUUCAAGGUAUGCAGAGCAACGUCCAGGACAUGCAGACCAACGUCCAGGACAUUCAGAUCAACGUCCAGGACAUGCAGAUCGACAUUCAAAUGACCGAGGCACGUACUCAAAACCUGCAGACCGACGCUCAGAAGCUCAAGGAAUAUGUACAGGGUAUGCAGGCCAGCCUUCAGGAAACACAGGCAGAGGUGCAGAAGAUGAAGGCACAGGCGGACAUUCAGAGGAUGAAGGCACAGGAACAGGUUCAAGACAUGCAGGCCGACAUGCAGAAGAUGCAGGCACAGGCGGACAUUCAGAUGAUGAAGGCACAGGAACAGGCUCAGGACAUGCAGACAGUCGUCUAUGCGUUGCAGGAAGUCGUCUUCGACAUACAGACCAACAUUCAGGACAUGCAGGCCGACAUGCAGAAGAUGAACGCACAGGCAGACAUUCAGAAGACGAAGGCACAUGAACAGGCUCAGGUUAUGCAGGAAGGUAUCCAGAGCAUGAAGACGAACGUCCAGGGCAUGCAGACAGUUGUCGAUGAGUUGCAGGAAGUCGUCUACGACAUAAACACAGACGCCCAGGACAUGCAGGCCGACAUUCAAGAGAUGAAGGCACAGGAACAUGCUCAGGAUAUUCAGGACACAAAGACAGACGUCCAGGACAUGCAGACAGUUGUUGAUAAGUUGCAGGAAGUCGUCCACGACAUAUACACAGACGUCCAGGAUAUGCAGGACGACAUUCAGCAGAUGAAGACACAGGAACAGGCUCGGCAUAAUCAACACACAAAGACCAACGUCCACGACAUGCAAAUCGAUGCUCCCGAUUUGAAGACCAACAUGCAGAAGACAAGGGCACCGAAACAGACCAAGGAUAUAAAGGCGGAGAUUCAUGACACGAAGGUCAACGUCCAGUACAUGGAGGCCGAUGCUCCCGACUUGAAGACCAACAUACAGAAGGUGAAGGCGCCGGAACAGGCUCAGAACAUGCAGGCGGACAUUGAGCAUAGGAAGGUCACGGUCCAGGAUAUGAAGGUUGACAUUCAGGACACAAAGAACAACGUCCAGAACAUGCAGAAGAUGAAGGCACUGGAACAGGCUCGGGACACGAAGGCGGAGAUUCAUGACACGAAGGUCAACGUCCCAGACAUGCAGAAAUUGAAGGCACCGGAACAAGCUCAGCACAUGCAGAAGAUGAAGGCCAAGGAACAAGACCAGGACAUGCACACAGACUAUGAAUCAGAAGGUAGCUCGACCGUGAUACACGACGAUUGCGAAGCCGAGUGGACGGCAUACUUAUGGCGACAAGUGUCGCAAACCAAGAAGCACCAGAGGUCGAUCACUCCAUCAUCUACCGACGAAUGGAUGGAAAAGAUCAGGCAACUGGAUGAGCUCAGCGAGAUAAGUUCGAUUCCACAGUUCGAAGAGAACUGGCAUGAGGGUGAGGACCUCUGGUGGAGGGAGGAGUGUCAACGCGAGUGGAAUAGAUUUAAUUAUCGCACGGAGCACCUAGAGCCGCCAGAGUGGCAGAGGGACUUUGUAGAUCGCCGACUUAAGUAG